AUUUGUGUAAUUAAUAAUUCCAGUUUCCUUGCCUCCUAAGCUAAGCUUUGCCUUCUUUCCAAACCAAAAUGAACAGCAGAUACCACAUACCCAUGCAUCUCUCUUCUUGUUUCUUUUGUACUGUAAAUUGUGUGCUAUAAAGGGAAAAGCAAGAUUCUUGCAGUCUGUUACUGGGCCUCACAGUCAGUUACCGGAAUGGAGGACUUGCACGCCGUCCCGAAAACAAAAGGAAUUACCAUAGAUAAGGUUCAAUGAAAGUGGCAGUUUUUUUCAAGGCACUAAAAUCUAUCAGAGACUCAUGGAGCAUCAGUCAGAAGUGGAUGGCGAAUUACGGAUAUGAUAGAAUUAGUACAAUGGAUAUCACUGCUAGAGAGCAACUUGUUGAUAUAGUGUUUGCAACACUUGAUUGUGUAAUUAAGGCAGCAGCAGAACUGUUUGAUGUGCUGGAAGAUGGAGUGUUGAGUGAAGAUUAUAGUCAGGUUUGUCAGGAUUCCACCCCCUUGAACCAAAAGCCUGAUGCAGUGGAGAAACUGAAACCACGGGGCAAAGAUCAGAUAAGAGCAGAAAACACAGACAACACUGAAUGUACUCCAAGUACAAAAAAGAACACAAGGGUCCCGGUUUCCAAUACUAAUAAGAAUGUAGAGCAACAGGAUAAUAAAACUGCUGAAACUGGCGUUCCAAAAACAGCUCCUCAACCACCAACCAAGCUUCCAAAGGAACCAAUGCAAUCAAGACUUCGACCCCCACCACCACCACCACCUACAUUGUCUGGUGUAAGCGGUCUUCCAAAAGGUGCUUCUCCACAGCCAAUGAAGCUUGCAGAGGAACCGGCACAAUCAAGACUGCCACUGCCACCGCCACCGCCAUCUCCACCCAUGUUGCCUGCGAAAGGAUCAAUACCAGCUUCAGUGCCACUCAAAAAUUAUCCUGGCCCCCCUCUGCCACCUCCACCUGGUCCUGGUAAAUUCCUACCUAAGAAAAAAGCCAUUACUAAAUUGAACAGAUCCACCCAGAUGCUGAACCUGUUUCGGAAGCUAAAAGAUAAGAUGGAAGGAUCUAGCCUAGCUAUUAAAUCAGCAAAUAUGAGAAAGCUACAACUUGGAGGUUCUACUGGUGGAAAGGCAGGAUUGGCCGCAACACUAGCAGAACUGACAAAGAGAUCACCAUACGUUCAACAAAUUGAAGAAGACGUCCAGAAGUAUAAAAAGCCAAUCCUAGAGUUAAUAGUAGCCAUCAAUUCCUUUCAAACAAAUGACAUGGUAAAGCUGCUCAAGUUUAGAAACAACUUGGAAUCUGUUCUUGGAGUCCUAACUGAUGAAUCACAGGUGCUAGCAAAGUUUGAAGGUUUUCCCUCAAAGAAGCUGGAAUCAUUAAGGGCAGCAGCCACAUUGUACUCAAAAUUGGACAGCAUCGUCACCACCUUGAGGACUUGGGAGAUAGUUCCACCUUUGGUAAAGCUUUUAGACAAGGUCGAUUGCUAUUUCAGAAAGGUAAACUUAGGCCCAAAUUUUCAUAGCAUCUAUUCACAGUGGUAUCUCCAAAGCUGCUUACCUGUCUCAUUCAUCAAGGUGAAACUAGAACUGGAUGCAUUUGAACGAAAUAAGGAUGAAGACUCCAAAAUGUUUAAGAGACAUGGUAUUGAUUUUGACUUCCUUAUGGUAAUAAGGGUAAAAGAAUCAAUGGUAAAUCUUUCCACUGGCUGCAUAGAGCUAGCACUAAAAGAGAGGAGACGAGCAAAAACAGCAAAAGAGAAUGGUGAAUUUGGUAAUCAGAAAACGAAUGAAAGCGUUAACAUGCUAUGGAGAGUUUUUCAGUUUGCAUUUAGGGUCUACAGCUUUGCUGGUGGACAAGACGACUGCGCUGAUAAGCUGGCCAAAGAAUUGGCUGAUGAAUUAUUAAUUAAUUGACAGAAGCAGUAGUUAUACAUUAUGAUGAAGAAAUGUGUAGCAUAUCAAGAAAUUAGCUGGUGAAUUAUAUUCAUUAAUUCAUACAUAACAACUGUUCAACACAGUUUCAGGUCUCAGCUAAUGAAGAUAUUGACCAUUGUUGUGCUACAAACGCAAAAAGGCUAUUCUUCUAGGCUUGACAGGUGAGCAUAACACUUGUUCUUUCACUUGACCAGAAAUUAUGCUAAGAUGG